GCUGGCGGGGGCGGAGAGUGCGCUGCGGAUCUCCUUCUUUUAGGAGUAUGAAACUCGAUCCCGUCGCGCCGGUAGCGUCCGAUAUAAAACAGUCCAACGGAGGAGACUGUGAGAAUAAUAUCAGUGCGAUCGGAGAGUUUGGAGUUCACGAACACCGAGAUGAGUCGCGGAUCUCCAGAUGUCCGGGACUUUCACAAAUAAGCUGACACACGCACGGUGCGCUCCGUUAUUCCUGCAGGUUUCCAUGGAGAACAAGAUGCGUCCUGGAAGGAUAGACAGAUAAUGAUCGCAUUGCUCGUUUCUAAUCAAUCGAUGAUACUUAAGGGUUUUUUUACGCAUGAGAAGAAGACUGCAUGGACACACCAGCUUUGAACUGAACUCGUUAAAGCUCACCGAUAUCUAUUUUUAUACGCAAACAUGAGCUCGUUGUUGUUUGGAGAAGGUUUUUUGGGCGGAAUGGUGAGCACUACGCCGUCGGACGCGGUUCCCAGAGCGCUGCGCAACGACCUGGGAUCCAACAUCCAUGUCCUCAAGACCCUCAACCUGAGGUUCCGCUGCUUCCUCGCCAAAGUCCAUGAGCUGGAGAGAAGGAACAAACUUCUGGAGACCCAGCUGAAGCAAGCCUCCAGUCAGCCGAGGCAUCAGGGCUUCACCUUCUCGCGUGAAGUCGCUGUCCAGACGGACUCUCUGGAAUCCAGACUUCCAGGCACCAUCUGGAGUUUUACGCAUAUUUUGAAACGCGGAGAACGCGUUAGGACUGUCCAGGGACCCGGGGUCACCUGGACCCAUCCGGACGGGGUUGGGGUCCAAAUCGACACCAUCACCCCAGAGCUGAGAGCCUUGUAUAACGUCCUGGCCAAAGUCAAACGGGAGCGGGAUGAGUACAAGAGAAAAUGGGAGGAGGAGCUGUCGAGAAGAGAACAGAUGGAGGCGAUGGUGCAGACGCUGCAGGAGAAUGUAAACGAAUCCGAAGCCAUUCAGGAUGAGUUGAACGAGAAAGUGGAAAGACUGAAAGCUGAACUGGUGGUCUUCAAGAGCCUCAUGAGCGAUGCUGGCGGACGACACCGCUGUAAAGCUGUAGAAAACCGGAGGAAAAUCCUGGACCUGAAACAAAUGUCUGACCUCGACACUAAGAUUCAGGAGAAAGCCAUGAAGGUGGACAUGGACAUCUGCAGGAGAAUCGACAUCACGGCCAAACUGUGUGACGUGGCCCAGCAGAGGAACUCAGAAGACAUGUCUAAGAUGUUCAACGUCAGUCCAUCCAGAGCACCAACAGACAGGGCGGUGGUGUGCAAAAAGAAGGAGAAAAAGCCAGUAUCAGAUGAGGAAACCUCAGAGAUGGAUGCAGAUCCAAGCACUUCGGAGGAUGACGUACCAUUCAACAUCACAGACGAGAUGAAACGCAUGCUCAACCAGCUACAUUGUUCAGAUAACUCGUUUGUUGCUAGGCGGGAGACGUUCGAGAUUGACGAUGACUGUGACAGUUUGACGUGGGAAGAGAACGAUGAUACGCUGCUGCUAUGGGAAGAUUUCACUAACUACAACAUGCCCUACGGCCUUACCAACAGCACCGGUGCCCCCGACUCCAACGGAGAGGUUCAAGAAAACGAUUCCAGUCUGGGAAAUCUCAUCGAUGAGACCGAGUCUCUUUUCAAGACCAGAGAGCAGGAAUAUCAGCAGACAAUCGGACAAAUCGAGAUGGAGUUGGCCACGGCUAAGAGUGACAUGAACAGACAUCUGCAUGAGUACAUGGAGAUGUGCAGCAUGAAACGAGGGCUGGACGUGCAGAUGGAGACUUGCAGGAGAAUGAUCAAGGGUGGCAGAAAUUCUCUUUCCAUCAGCUCAUCGGCGAGCAGUGACUCAGGGAACACUGACGAGAUACAAGACGAGUCGGACAAGGACGGAGAGACUGAGGGGCCAAACAGCUGAUAUCUGCCCAGUCUGACCCCGCCCUCUUCUCCCCACCGAGCUCCAAUCACUUCUCGGGCCUCCCAGCAAUUAGCCAAUGGCGUUACACUGAGGGACAGAGCCCACUCCCACAAACCCCAAAACCUGUAGGUGCUUUAACGUCUCCGUGUCAGAGUGGGGCGGAGUUGAUGAGGGUUGUUUUUGUG